CAGGCUGCGACGGAGGCUCGCUGUCCGCACUUGCCGGGUGUUUCAGGCCUUGGGUGAUGCUUCGGACCCAGUCCUGCCGUAGAAGCUUAUAACAAGUUUGUUUUGCGCAACGUCAAGCACGCACUUCAACGCGGUGUUCAGUCAUGAAAGCUUUAAUUAAAGACGGUGUGGUGUACUCCCCAUUUCCGAGCGUAGAGAUACCCCUGUGCUCGGCAUACACAAUCGUCAAGCAAGUUCUUGCCAAAAAUCCUGAACGACUGGCCUUGGUCGAUAAUGACGAACAUCUUACACGACGCGAGUUUUUCCUGCGAAUGCAACGCUACGCUACAGGCUUCCAGCAGCACGGCGUCUCAACGGGUGACCGCGUCUGCGUUCACUUGAGCAACAGCGUAGACAACGUGGCUGCCAUGUACGGCUGCAUAUUUGCCGGUGCCACGUUAGUGCUGGCCAAGACUUCACUGACAGAAGGAGAGCUGCACUAUCAGAUCAACGACAGCAACUGCACGCACGUUUUGUCCGAUGUCCAAUUCACAGGGAAAGUGAAGAAGACAACAGCGUCUCUACAUCUCAAGGGCUUGUUCACGAUGGGCGAAGCUGACGGUUUUGUAUCAGCGGCACCCUUCAAAGACAUGGAUGAAGCACGUUUAAGGGAAUGUCUCAUCAGAGACCCUCGAAACUCCGUGAUCGCUAUUAUCUACACGUCUGGCACUACAGGACUCCCCAAGGGAGUCGAGUUUACACACUACUGCUUCGUGGCCAACCACUGCAUCUCCAAACCUUGCGUCUCGUACGACGACAGUGACACCUUCUUACUCCCGGCGCCCAUCACUCAUGGAUCCGGCUUCAUCUGGGCAAUGGCGACAGUGCUCGACGGAGCAGUCUGCGUCCUGACGCCACCUCGACUCACUCUGCCAGUGUUUUCCGAGAUAGUCGAGAAAAACAAGGUGACCGCAGCCUUCUUCUUCACGUCUUUCCUGCACGUGUUGUGCACCGAGAUGCUUCGCACCGGACAGCAGCUGGCCACCAUUCGUCGACUGUGCGUCAGUGGCGGCAACCUGGCCCAGGCCACAUACGACUCUGCCUUCAAGGCGUUCGGCAGCCUCGAGUGCCUCGUAAACGUGUACGGCAUGUCCGAAAGUGGCGCCCUUAUCUGUUCGCCCGGCAUGCGCGGCGCCAGGGGCACGGACCUCGGAUAUCCGGCCUGCAUGACUGAGAUCAAGGUAGUGGACAUCGUGUCUCGUCGGAAGCUCGGUCCCAACCAGACCGGGGAGAUUUGCUUCCGCAUGCCGACUGUCAUGCGUGGCUACUACAAACGGCCCAAGGAGACCGCAGAGUUCUUCGAGGGCGAAGGCUGGUGCAAGUCGGGAGAUGCCGGCUAUUACGACGAAGAAGGGCGUUUCUACUUCGUGCAGCGGAUUAAGGAGAUGAUCAAGUGCAUGGACAACCAGGUCGUGCCUGCUGAGCUGGAGGAACUACUACUGCGAGAAUAUUCGCAGGACAUCGCGGAAGUUGCAGUGGUUGGACUCGAACACGCCGAGUAUGGAGAGGCACCCGCCGCCGCAGUUAUAGUCAAGAGGCGGGGCGACAAAAAUGAACUCCGUCUCCUUGCUGAAAGAAUCAAGAAAACCAUCGCAGAAAACCUGGCCGUGCACAAGCACCUUUAUGGUGGUGUUUUCUUCCUCGACUCACUCCCCAAGACGGAGACGUCCAAGGUGAACCGCUCUGUGCUGGCCCAACUGUGUGCUGCGAUGGCGCCACUGUGAAGAACAAGACUAGCUUUUUUAGGAGACAUAUCCGCUAAGUGGGUGACAGGCACAUCAAACUGCAAAAAUGAGAAGAGACACUUCGGCGGUUCUCACGAUUUGUGUGAAAGCAGCAAGAGUGGAAGCGGAAAUAAAAAAGAAACAAAGAAAAGACUUGAUGUAAAAUUGUUGUAGUUCUCGUUAAUAUUUUUUUUCAAUGCACCCUCACUAUAAUAAUGCCCUCUGAGCGCAUCAAGUGAUCUCAAGAAAUAAUAAACUUUAGUAAAUAGAACAA